AUGUCAAGGGUACCGAGUCCUCCUCCUCCGGCAGAGAUGUCAAGUGGACCUGUUGCAGAGAGCUUGUUUUACACUCAAAUUAAAGUGGUCAAAUUUUCCUACAUGUGGACUAUCAACAAUUUCAGCUUUUGCCUGGAGGAAAUGGACGAGGUCAUCAAAAGUUCAACAUUUUCUUCGGGAGCAAAUGACAAAUUGAAAUGUUCCCUCCUCCCCACUCUGCCUACGGCAACAGCACGGUCUCCGGUUUUCAGCGCUAUGUUUGAACAUGAGAUGGAAGAGAGUAAAAAGGUAAGUGGAUGGAGGAGGAGGCAGCUUUCUAGUCUUGACAAAGAGCUGUUUGCUGAGAUGCGUUUUUUCCUCUUUCUGGGCAAUCUCAUUGCAAUAUCCCUUUGUAUGUUUUUGCAGUAUGCUCUGGAACGCUUGAAGGUGAUGUGCGAGGAUGCUCUGUGCAGCAACCUGUCUGUAGAAAACGCAGCAGAGAUCCUAAUCUUGGCUGAUCUACACAGCACUGAUCAGCUAAAAACUCAGGCAGUCGACUUCAUAAACUACCAUGCUUCUGACGUCAUGGAGACUUCAGGCUGGAAGUCGAUGGUCGUCUCUCACCCUCAUUUGGUGGCCGAGGCGUAUCGUUCGUUGGCCUCUGCGCAGUGCCCCUUUCUGGGACCUCCACGCAAGCGACUGAAGCAGUCCUAAGGCUGGACCCCCAUCGCACAACCCGGUGUGUGUGUGUGUGUAUUUUUUUUUAAAGGAAGUAGCGACGGAAACAGUUGCUUCUCCGACCUUGACCACCAGGUAGACAAUGCAACCUG